AUGCAAAGCCUCCCAUGGGCGAUUAUCCGAAGCGUCAGCAGAGUCGGCUCUGCUGCGCCUCGCUGGUGGCUUCCAGCUCUUGCCCGACGAGAUGCCCCUCCACUCAUGGAGUCAGCACCGUCUUAUCCAAAUCAACAUCUCUAUAAAAUUUUCCGUGAGAAGCAUAGCAAGCUGGAUUUGCCGUGCCUCUCCUUCUGUUCUGCUACUACACGAGGCAUGGAUAAAGCAGAGAGGAUGAAGGCAGCAGAGGAGAGCAAUCCCAUGGUAGAGACAAGUGCAAUACAAGAUGUGUAUUACCAGCCAAUCAUCCCGGGUAGCAGCCACCGUGAUGGUACUAUAUACAAGAAAAGGCUUGAAUGGGAAAGUGAAUACUGUGUAGAUGUUGACGACCGCACAGAAACUCAGCUGGAGCCAGCAUCUUGGGACGAUAUGACAUGUGAAAUGAUGCAGAUUUUCUCCUUAAAGUUAGCUAAAUCUCCUAUCAACAGUGGCUCAAUGCAGUUAUAUGGAUACAUCGCGGCACGAGAUGAAUAUGAUUUAAGGCUUAAUUAUCUUUUCAAUCGUAGCAGAGAAGAUCCCAUCGUCGUGCAACAGGGUUCUCUCAUUCAAAUGACCGGACCUAAGAGAGGCAUUGCAUUUCACUGUGAUGUUCUACUUGAGUUUGACAUGAGAAUCAAGAACGGAGAAAACAAAGGAGAUGACACACAGUUGAUUGAUGGAAUGUCGGAAUUUCGUGGACUAUUAAUGCCAUGGGAACCAACUGAAAUUCCCAUUAAUGGUAAUUGUGCUACAGUUGAGAUGUCUGCUGCACUUGUGAGUAAUGCAAUUGCGGCCACUGUAGAAGUUAUCAUAUCAGAAGCACAUGGUGAUUUUGAUCUAUCCCUCAGUUCCAUUGUUUCUGUUGUGGAGGAACAUGAAUUUCAGCUUUUUCAUGGCUCCGCUGGCGACUGGUGUGGUGCAAGGAGGUUUGUGAUUGCUGUCACAGUAAAUACUAUGUUGCAUUUGAAGUUCAUGCUUGGUCACAGAUGCUCCAACGGUAACAUUGAAGACACUUGUUCCUUCAAAGCCAAGCUAAACGGACACGCCAUCCAUCAAACAAAUUUUGAGGCUGCUUCUAUCUUGACGAAGGUGACAUGGGCGGCAUGGCCUCAUGAAAUGUUUCGUUGA